AUGUCGCUGCUGACGAAUGUCUACCAUCUGCGCCGGGUCGCAGACACCUCUUCAAAAGCAUGUUUGAUAUGCUACAAGCCGUCAACCAGCGUGUUGAUCACACCAGAUAACAAGGACUUUUUCUACGUGUGCCCAGCACACUUACAAGACCGGCAUUUCUGCUCGCCUAUUAUUAACGCAGAAGCAGAAGCAGCGCGUCGCAAGGAAGAAGAGAUGACUAAAGAGAUCGAAAAGGUCAAAAAGGAAUAUGAGGAAAAGCAAAAACGCAAGAAGGAGCGAGCUGCUAAGGAUAGUAAGGAGAAGAAAGAUGAUAAAGAGAAAGACAAGUCAGAGGAAAAAGAGAAAGAUGGUAACUCCGAAGAGGAUGAAAAAGAUAGAGAUGAAAAGGUAGUCACUGGACAUAGAAGUGAGAACUUCUAUCAGAUGCGCAUUGAUCGAUUGCGAAAUAUUGAAUUGGCCAAAAGGAACCAGGAAAGAAUGAAGAACCCUGCUUUAUUCCCCCUCGGUCCCGAAACGUGA